AGUCCCUCAGAGGGCGCGCCCAGACGGCCGCGCAUGCGCCGGCGCGCGCUCGACCUGAGCGGGCGGGUGGGGACGACGGCUGCGGAGGAGGAGGGGACGGGGAGGAGCCUGGAGGUGGCAAAGAGCCAAUGGGAGAGCUUUCCGGCUCGGCGCAAGCGCGGUGGCUGUUCCAGUGGCCUAAUGAAUGAGGACAUCCGUAUCCACACGUGGCCCUCUUCGUAUUAUGUCACCUCCGAGAAGCGAUGGGUUCCCGGCAAGCUCACCCUGACACCCAUUUCAGUCAGAUUUACAGCUGACAAAUCCGGAGAGCUCCUGGUCGGCUUCCAUCUUUCCAGCAUCAGUGAGAUCAAGAAGGAGUCUUCCAACUUCAUCUUCAGUUCCCUCACUAUUUUGGAGAAGAACGCCAAGCACUGGUUCAGUUCCCUUCAGCCCAACCGAAAUGUCGUCUUCAACGUCCUCGAACACUUUUGGAGGGAGCAGCUCCUCUCCUCUGAGGGGGCAGGAGCUCAGGCCCUCUCUCCCCAGACAUCCAAAGGGAAGGAGCUCACCGGCUUGCUGACGGGAUCCCAGAAGCGCCUGGAGGACACGGCUAAAGUGCUGGAGCACCAAGGCGAGCAGUUUGAUAACAUGAUGAAGGGACUGAACAAGAUCGAAUCGGAAAUGGAUGUCGCAGAUAGGUUAUUGUCAGAACUUGAAUCGCCUUCUUGGUGGCCUUUUGGUGGCAGAGUGUUGAAGAGCCCGGUAGACACGAAGCCAAAAGAAGCUCAGUUGGUUACAGAUUCCCGAAAUAAGGAUGGUGUAAUAUUGCGCAUCCCAGUUAUUAUCACAGAAAGGACCGAUUCUAACGUCAAACCUGGCAAACUCACCCUCCUAGCUUCUGGCUUGGAGAUCAGCGACUCCAGUUCUCAGAUCCUUCACCGCUUUGACAAGAAGGAUGUUGAUGACGUCAAAAUCCACACGCCGUACGAAAUCAGCAUCCGCCAAAGGUUCAUCGGGAAACCGGACGUCAGCUAUCGGCUGCUGUCAGCAAAGAUGCCGGAAGCCAUCCCUAUCUUAGAGAUGCAGUUCAGCAAGAAAAUACAAUUCAUGGAGGAUGCCCUGGGGCUCGUCGGUGCACAGAAGACAUCUCCAGAAGCUGCCGGUUCUUCCAUUUGGCAAGCAGCAACAGGCCUCAUAGGAAACGUGAUGCAAGCUGGAUCGAUGCCGUCGUCCUCUCAAGGAGCAGGUGGAGGGAACCAGCAAGCUCAGCUGCAGAAGCAAGAGGAGGUGGUUUCUGAAUCUGAGGCUCAAGAGCUGAAACGGAUCCUGCGGAAACUCAAGAGCCUGGCCUUGGAAACAGAGACAGAACUGGAAAGGCAGGAUGAAGCCCUGGACGUCAUCACCUCGUCUGUCGAUCGAGCCACUACGAACAUCGAUAAGCAGAACCGUAGAAUAAAGAAAUUGACGUAGUAUGUCUGAGGAGCCUGUUAUGACCAGGCAGGCAACGACCGCCCAUCGUAAUAGUCUCUGAUGUUGUGUUGUCCUACAACUCUUGUAAAAGUAGGGGCUUAGGACUGAAGGGAGAAAAUAUUCAUUUGUGGGGGUUCGUUCUGAGAGGCCUUCUCUGCUGUUAGAGAAUAUUCCAUUCAGUUAUGGCAAAACCGAGCUUGCUGUCAGGCUGAAUUGCAGAGAGUUGGGAAUUCUGGCAGACUUGAGCCUGCCAAGUUAGAGAUUCGUCGAUAGCUUUUGAAAAGCAGGUUCGUCCCAGGAUCUCUGGGAAUUGAGAGGAUGCCAGGUUACGGCAGAACGCCUCGAGAGAAUCCUGACGUGUUCUUACAGAAAACGAAGGCAAAAUGCAGUUCUCCCUUGAUUUGCCUAAUGAAUGACUCGUGUCAAUAAUUUAAAUUGCACUUUAUGUAUCCAGAGGGGUCCUGUCUUUCCCCUAAGGGCGUGGCUGGCACGUUUCAGGCUAAAAUAGCAUGUGAUCAUCAAACUACUACAAGCCAAUUGAGUUGCAAUAACUUAAGAGCAUCGUUGGGUUGGAUAGAAGAUCCUUCUAGUCCUGCACAAAAGUCGCCAGCUGGCCGCUGCCUGGGAAGAGAGCAGCAGUCAAUGUGUGAAAGCGCCUUUCUUCUGCAGCGUGGAGGUGCCGUUAACUGUUGUUGCUAAUUAGGGCUGAGACACCAUCCUCCAUGAAUUUGCGUAAUCCCUUUUUAAAGCCAUAUAAGCGAACAGCAAUUGCCUGCCGACCUAAUUGGGUUGUCCAGUUAGUUCCUACCGAUUACCUGGACGUAUGCUUAGGAGGCAGGGACCAAUCCCUUUCUCUUUUCAAAGCUGGCUUCAUGCUCGUGGGGCACCUUACACAUUUGAAAGGGAAUAGCUGUACAUGAAACGUCACUGCUCUUGUUCGGUUCUCAGUCCUGCUUCGUUAGCUAUGAUUUUAAAUGGUGUCUUUCUAGCCAAGAAACUCUUUUAACCGAAUAGGUUUUAGAUGUGAUAUAGCGCUGUACAUAUUUGUACCAUCCAGUUGUGGUGUCAGUGGUUUUAAGCUGUCCUGCUGUGUUAUUAUUCUUGGCAUGCAACUUGUUCUAUGUCAUUAUUCCCUGGCCUGCUCCCCCUUGAAUUCUGAAAGCUAUAUUUUCUGGUUUAGGGUAUGAGUUCUGGAAACACUACUUUCAAGUGAAACACUUGAGAGCCAGAAGCGACAUCUGGGUCAUGUUGCCUAAUUAAGUGACUUAAAGCCAAUUAAGUGACUUUAGCUCCCUGAUUUGCUUCCAAGUGAAUCAGAAAGCAUUUUAGUUCAAAGCUCUAGGGCAGGGGGGUGUCCAGUGUGUUGCCCAUGGUGCAGGUGCCAGGUGUUUUUAGGAAGUGGGUGGGGUCAGGUAUGGCUUUUGCCCAGCAAGGCUUCUGAUUGACCAUUGGAGGUAUGGCUGUGAAGAUUUUUUUUAAAAAAUCUUGCUUUGGCAGUAGUUACCACCAUAGUAGAAGAAUCUACACUGUGUUAUUGAAGUCAUGCUAUGGCAAUCAUUUUUUGGUUGGGUCCACCCCCUGCAGCAGCUAUUUUGUCACUGUGCCUGCUACGUCAUAAUUCUAAAUCUUGUCUGCUGGCUCAAAAAAGUUGGGGACCCCUGCUCUAGGGACUGAGCUGAGCUGAACUCAAAUUAUAGACAAAAAUAAAAAAAAAUCCAUUAGCUUUGUUCAGUC